AUGAAUUUUGCUGUACUGUGUGUUCUUCUUGCAAUUAGCGAAACAAACAGCCAUUAUAUCACCGACACAAGGCUCCGAAUAGAAGGAAAAUACCAAAGUGUGUUAUUACGGAAACUACAAAAUUUCCAAGACUACGACCCAAGAAAUACAACUCAAGCCCCAAACUGGAGUGAAAUUUUAGCCGACGUUCUUGUAAAACGAAUAUUCACAUUUCACAAAACGAGUAACGAGACCGAACACUUAACAAGCGUUGAAGAUUCUGAGACAAGUGUUUGGGUUAGAAGCGUCAGUUGCAUUCUAAAAUUAUUCAAAACAUACAUAUACGAUAGAGUAUUAGGUUAUGUAGAAAGUAAAGUUGAUAAAAAUGUUUCAAAAAUCAAAAGAAAUAUAACUGAACGCGAUCCAAAAGAAGAAGUAGAAAUAAUAGAACCAAAAUAUCAUGGAAAACUAUGUGAAAACUGUACAGAGAGUAGUGAAAUAGAAGCAGACGUAAGUGAUUGUGGGAAUGGACUCAAAAAGGACCCAAAUGGGAAUUGUGUUGACCCGAAAUCCUCUAAGUUUAUUUUGUCCAUACCUUCUCAGUGCCCAACAGGUUACAGACGCGACUGGUUCGGCUAUUGUAGAGCGACGCUU